CACCGCGCACUGCAGCGCUACCAUGGCCCCCAUCCAAUCGCCCGAGCUGGACCUGUCCAAGUGCUUCCAGGGCGAGCAGCAGCUUGUGACCUGGGACAUUGCCUACCGCGCCCUCUGCGACCCCGGCACCGCGUCCAGCAGCGACGCCCUGCGCGCCUUCCUCACCGCUAAAGACAACGUCGACAUCCUCAGCAGGCCGUGGAGGCCGUUCCCCGACCCGUCGACACACGAGAAGAGCCGCUUCGAAUCCAAGACGGCGCCCGUCAGCGUCACGCCCGCGCAGAAUGGCCACUACAGCCUCGACGAGAUCAAGGCCGACAGUCUGUGGCUGUCCAAGGAGGCGCAGAUGUCCGAGCACGCGGCGCUGCAGCUGGUCGCGCAGGAAUGGCAGAGCCGGCCGACGAUGCAGCUGCUGAGCGGCCUGACCGAGGAGGAGGCCCUGAGCGUGCACGACGCCGCCGGGCUCGCCAACCUGGGCGCCUCGACCUUCGCUCCCAACUCGUCCAUACUCGCGGCGCCGCUGGCCUCGCGCUCGACGCACUUCGACACGCAGGACCAGCGCCGGCUGCGCAUCGUCGACAUCUACCACUCGACGUGCGCCUCGAUCGUGCGCAUCAGCCAGCUGCUCGUCUCGUGGGGCGCCGCCUCCCACCUGCGCAGCCAGACAAUCUACGGCACCGACUACCACACCGUGGGCGCCGGCUGGAUCGAGGAGCUGGGCCAGACCAUCGCCGCCGCGCAGAAUGGGGGCCCCUCGUCGGCCUCCAACGCCACGGCGCUCGACCAGUGUCUACAGGCCGUGCAGAAGAGGUGCGAGGCGCUGGAGGGCGGCUAUGGCUGGGACGUGCCCGAGUCGAUUGUGCAGGCCGCGUCGGAGAAAUGGGUCGUCGCGCAGACGACAGAGCUGCUGCACCUGCUGCACCUCGCCCUCGCACAUGCAGAUGUCGUCACGAAGGGCUUCCUGCCAGCCGCGACCAUCGAAGACUGGCUCACGGCGCUCAUGACCCGCGGCUUCUUCCGCGAAUUCCCAACCGUCACUCCCCAGCAGGAGCCCCUCGUGCCGGUCAUCCAGCUCCUCACCUCGCUCGUCGCGCUGGCAAUCCUCAAGGUGGACCUUGUCAUGAACGACAUCGACUCGGGGAACUGCAAGAACUGGCAUCCGUCGUCGUACAUACUCAACACGGGCGUCGUCGAAAACAUCACCACCAUCUUUGGAGAAGCAAAACUGCUGGGCGCGAGUCCUGCUACGCCGCCCAUCUUUGCCUGGGCCGUUCUCACGUGGAGACUCACCAACCGCGCGAGCUACGAGGAGCAGGAACGCGAGCGGUUGAUCGAGUCGCCCAAUGCAUCCCGGACAUCUUUGCCAGCACCUUCCGCUCUGGAGGAGUCUGUCAUGGCUAUUGCGAGGCUUGAGUCGCACGAGUUGUUUGACAACACCAUGCCCUACCAGAAUCUCGCCGAAGUCAGUUCAGCAGUCGGUGUUCUGGGCAUCAUCAACCAGCUAGUCGAGAUUGGCCUGCCUGCUUUUGGGACUCCCGUUGACCAGAUAUCUCGAGACAGGAUCCGUCUCUUGUUCCUGCAGUUGCUUCGCGCUGCUCUUGGGAGCGAUGUUGUUGGAUACAGUCCAGACUUGAUAGUAACAACCUACACUGUUUUGGCCGGCAACAGGACGUUCCGCACCUGGGUAGACGAGCCCACCUCUCGCCAAACAGACCCCGUCGUAUCUUUCUUCUUGGAAGACGAGUAUGUGCUGAGGCCCAUGCUUCUGGACGAGUCCCGCCAACGCUACCCUUACGAGAUGACGCCGUUUCUCAAGUUCUGCAGUGCUUUGACGAGGGGCGACAAGGCAAUCAAGAACGGCAUGCCAACUUUCGUCGAGAAGCUCACACACACGAACCAGAUGAUGCAGCGGUUACCAGAUGGCUUCAGAGACUACGCACUGACACGUGAAGAAGAGAACGCAAACUGGGUCGAGCUUACAGCAGCUCUUCCCCUGUUCUCGUCAGGGACAACGUCAAGUUUCCGCGGCCAGCGCCGUCUGCUCACAUCAACCGCGUCAUCCAGGUCGACUGGGCUUAUGGAGAUUCCUGCCGGUACGGAGGGUAUCAUUGUCGAUGACAGCGAACAGCCUUAUGUCGCAGCUUGGCGUUACCAACACUCCACCCUGUCUUAUCUCGUCCAGCUCCUCUCCACAUACCCAGUCGGAAGUGGCAAGGCUGAGUUCGCUACACAGGAACCGGCUUCGCGUGAAAGCGUGAUUGAGAUCAUCUGCCUCUUUGCCGACUUGUUGCACUCGUCGUUGCAAUCCUCUGAAGGUAUUUGCUCAACUGAGCUACUAGAAGCACUGAACGUCACCAUUGACGGCGGCCAAGACAUGGGCAGCAUUGUCCUUGCCGUUUUCGAAGAAGAGUUACUACGCUUAUGUCAAGAACCGAACAACGAAGCUUCUUUGGAGCUUCUGGUGAACUGCACUCAUUUCUUAGAAGCCCUUGUGGUCAUCGCCCCGCAAAGAGUAUGGCCCUGGUUGGCAAGGAGUCGACUGUUAGAAGGGGACGGAAACGGCGGAAGCUUAGCAAAGGUCCUGAUUGGUACAGAGAUGGUUCUUGGCCGGUAUGAUUUCCUCAUUGGAUGCAUACGAUUGUACGAAGCACUGGUCAAAGAUGCAGUCGAGCAGUCUGUCGCCCGCAAAGCCCCCAAACUUGCCAGUAAAGCGCUGAGCCGGUUUAAUUCCUCGGCUUCGUCCGAGAGCGGCACUUCAGACAAGAUCAUCAGUACAGCGCUUUUCACCUUUGGUCGGACACUUGCAAGUAUAUAUGAGAGCUCGUUGAGCUGGAAGUACGCUCGCCCAGAACAUCGUCCUGAGAUCAAUAUCGCCAUAUGCAAAGCCUUCACGACAAUUUUAAAGCUUGCUUAUGGCGUCGAUGAUGCCCCAACGCUCGCCGCCAAAGUUACCAAACUCAUCGCACCCAUAGCCGAGUAUAUUGUUCAGUUGUACCUGACAGAGUCAGAUAAUGGCUUGCCGCCAAACCCAAUACUGGCGUCUCUGGUCAUCGGAGCGAGUCCAGGAGAUACGACUAUGCUCACAAGCUCUGGAGCCCUGUGGAAGCAACAAACGCAGGCAACGUUGGAAUUCGCCGAUAUCCUAGUCCGAGUAGCCAUGCUACUCAACAAACCUUGGACACAUCUAGAGCAGCAACUGUUCAAGGCAACUCCAUUGUUAGCAAGAUUGUAUGCGACUAGCGACAGGUGGAAGUCCCCGGUCCUUCUACUACUCGAGACCCUCGUUCUGGGCGCUCCCCGUGUUGUGGAACAAGAAGACUCGGCGAUGGAAGAAAAGAACGCGAACAAAACGGCUCAAAGACAGCGCGAGCAACAAGAGCCUCCUUCGCUACUCGGCCAUUUGGGACCCCAAACUGCGAAGAGCUUUCUAAGUGUGCUGUCUCAGCUAGACGAGCCGCUAAGGAUAAUUGACAUUCAGACAAAUGUCUGGCAUCUUCUAUCUGCAGUAGUGACGUCAAAGCAGCAGUGGUUCUCGUUGUACUUGCUCACCGGCAGCACUCCACGCGAGUCGCUCAGAUCCAAACCUGACUCGGCUCCGACAUUAAGAAACAAAGCGCUGCUCACCCGAGCACUAGACACACUAGCGGAUCUAGACCUACUGGAAAUGGAUAAAAUCAGUUUCCCCUGGCCGCUGUAUACAGCGAUGCUCGAAUUCGUCUCCUCGGCGCAGAACAACUGGUCAUGGGCGAUGAGUGAUCUACGACAGCAGAAGGACUUCAUACAGAAGCUGCUUGCGUACUUGAAAUGGAUUGCAAAACAACCUCGACAGCCCAAGACCAACGAUGAGAUCUUGAUCCGUUCGCAUCAGAACAGAUUUACGUCAUUAGCUUGUGAAGUAAUCGCCAUGUACCUUCACAGCUCACGAAAGGUCGGGGACAUCACCCCUCUCAAAGAUGUUGUACCAUCCUUGGGGUAUCUAGAGGAUAGCGCUCUGGAUCUGCCAGCGUACAAUGUCUCACUCCACGCGAAUCUUAAGCAGAAUUUCGAACGGCAAUUUUCUGGCAUGUCGUUGGCCAACCUCAAGCGAACAGCGCUGUAUCCUGAAGACUUUGGUCGAAGUUUCUUCUACGACAUUGAGCUUGCUCAGAAUCUUCUGGGUUUCGACAGCAGCUGGUCAGGCCGUAGGGAAGGGUUAGGCUUUGCUAGUGAGGUUGAGAAGGCCAACUUGAAUCUUGGCCUAGUCGAGUCGCAGAUUCAGUUGCUCCAGAGCUGGAAGUUGCUAGCUUUGGAGCUGAGCCAUGUCGUGGGCAGAGACGAACGUUUGGUGCAGAUACUCGUCGGCGUCGUGAAGAAGUGUAUGGAGGCCAAUGCCCAGUCAACCCUUCCCGAAGCAUUGUUCAGCCAGCUCAUGGUUUUGCGCGCCGACCUCGCUUUUGCUUUGCUAAAGAAGCUCGUAGAAGCAAACGUUCAGUCCGCACACGCUCGUCAACUCCUCGCACCAGUAUGGAAUGCAAUCCGCGCCUCUACACCCGAUUUCGAGGACGUAUUUUCUACAGACGCAGUACACUACUACCGCUCGCAACUUCGAAUUCUAUACCUCGCCCUGCAAUUCCACCUAGUCGAAGAGUCGGACGAGUCGGAAGAAACAGCCUUCCGCUCCAGUUUCCGUGGCACACUACCAACCAGCCAUACCGAAUUCACGUCAUCCAUCUCGACGCAGCUCCUCGAAAUCCUCUCCGACACAGUCGCAAAAGGCUUCCGCAGUCUCGCAACCCAACUCCACGCGGACCCGUCCUCAGUCUCACCCUCCGACUUCGCCCUCCUAACCGCCCUCCUCCAACGCAUCAUCGCCAUCCCCGAAAUGGCAAAGUGGCAAACCCAAGCAGCACUCCUCUUCGCAAACAGCAACACAAUCCGCUACGCCACCAGCCUCUUCUCCUGGUCCGACCGCCUCACCGUCCAAAACAACGGCACAAACGACCCCAUCUACAGCGAACUAAGCAUCCUCUUCCUCCUCUCCCUCUCCAGCAUCCACGCCAUGGCCGAAACAAUGGCCGUCGAAGGCAUCCUCUCGCAACUCAACACAGCAAACAUAAUGACCUACUUCCGCCGCCAAAACGGCACAGGCCAAUUCGACGCCCCGCCCCGCAUCUACAACGUCUGGACAAAGGGCCUCCUGCCGCUCUGUCUCAACCUGCUGCUCAGCGUCGGCCCACGCAUCGCGGCAGAAGUCGCUAGCUUCUUGAAUCAGUUCCCAGAGCAGUUGCGCCGCGCGGGCCGCGCUAUCAAUGCCUCGCCUUCGCGCGCCGCCGGCACGAAAAUCUCCCUUUGUAUAGCGUCGGAAACGCAUUCCCUUGCCCUCAUCGCGGCCAUCCUCGACGACGUGCGGAAGCAGGGCCCCAAGCUGGGGAUUCAGGCGCAUGAGGUUGCGGCGCUGGACUGGGAUGGAGAGAAUGUCAAGGAGGAUGUUGAGAGCUGGUUGAGUCGGAAGGGGGCGCUUAGGGAGAGGAUUGUCGCCGCGGAUGAGAGGGAGUUUGAGCUGUUGGGGAAGAAGGAUGGGGGUGGUGAGGGGGGGAAUGCGCUUGAGGGGAGGGUGAUGAGGGAACUGGAGGAUGCGGGGAGGUGUCUUGGGUUGGGGGGGAAGGUCGAGGGGAAGUGA